AUGGAUUCCAAUAGCCCAUGCCCUGAUUUGCAGAUCUCCCACCAGGGCAAGAAGCCCGAGGACGACAAGGCGCAGUCCUCCACUUCCGCCGGCAACGCGGUGGCCGCGGCCAACUACGACAGCCUGCUGAUCCGAAACCUGCAGUACGUCAAGGGGCAGGACGGUCGCGCUAAGUACGCCAUCGCCUCGCCCGCGGACCUGGUGCCGUCCGAGACGGACUACACCGGCGCCGACGAUGGCGCGGGCGGCAGCGCGCCCAGGAAGUACGCCAGCCACGACGACCCCGCGGCCAGGAGCUUCCAGCUCUCCCCCGAGGAGGAGGAAGCCGACAGCAUGGCGGGCGUGGCGGGAAUGGCCGGCGUGUACGAGGCUGCCGGCGGCGUGCUGGCGGGGCCCCGCUCCAUGCACGCGUUCGCCCGCCUGCCGCAGGCUCUGGUCCAGCACCACUACCAGUCCGCCGCCUCUCGGACGCCCGCGCCGCCCAUGACGUCGCUGGCCUUCCGGGAGCCGCUGCCGGCCGACAUCAUCUCCCUGUCGUCGCCGGGGUCCUCGUGGGAGGGCAUCAUGGCCGCCCCACCCCCUACCACGUCGACGGGCCGGCCACCGCAGGUGAACCCGGCCUUCGUCGUCGCCAAGCCCGUCCUGUCCUCAAGUCGCGACGAGGAGGCGGCCACCGGGCCCGCGGCCCCCCGGACCGUCGCCUACCGCGCCUACUCGUAGCCUCGCCCCCGGUGCCGACCCGGGCCUCGUGGGGGGACAGCGGGGAAGCGCCGCGCCGACGGCGUCCGGGUGGCCCCAGGCGCCGCGCAGGUCGCCGCCGGCGGGCCGUGACCUGCGCCGACAGCAACGCGAAGACCUUCGUCCAGGCCGUCAAGUUCGGGAGAAUCCUCUACUUACUCGGCUACGAGUUCGUCCUGCUGCUGUCCGCCAGCGUGCGGCACAUCAUGUGCCCCAACUACGAGUGCUAAGGAGUUCCCGACGGCGCCGCACCUACAGACUCGAAUACUAUGUGGACGCUAUGGUGGACGUGUUCCCAAAAACUUUUGCAUCCUCGUGUGCAGAACCACUGACGCUUUUCGGAAGGUUACGGGACUGUUUGUAAUUUUACAAAGGAACGAGACCAUUAACACAGGGACUAGUUGAUCACUGCCCAGUUUCUGGAAUAGCGGAGUUUAUUCAAACUCCCCUCACUAGUCCCUGUGUUGAUGAAUUUGACAUUAUCUUUGACUUUAAUAUGCGUAGCACGGGGAACGUGAACUUUUUACGUCAUUAUCACUUUCAACUAUACUUUGCGACUUUUUUUUCGUCUUUUAUUUUCUUUCUUGGGAAAUUCCUAAAACGUUCUACUUUUGCGGCAAAUUGGCACCGUUUGGAUUUCUGAAUCGACGCUAUUUACCUGCUACUCUCGCUGUGGCGACGCGUUGACGUGAAUAGACUGCCGUCAGCCAGGUGCGACCGCCCGAGUGUAACAAAGCCCGCCUACCCGUUACACAGGGCGGUCUUCGCCUCCAACUGGUCGGCUCGCGGAAUGCGAUGCUACUCAUCAACGACCUGACGACUGUCAGCCGCCACAGCAGCGUGACGCAGGGACACAACACAGAAUGAGGAACCGUGACACGUGACAACGACUCAUACUUCAAUCGACGUUCGUGGUAUUUAUUUCAACUGAGAUGAGAAUCUGUAUGCUGAGAGGUAGAUAUAGAGACGACAUGACUGAAAUUCGUUUAUGCAUUGUGAUUAUAUCUUAAGUCUAUUUAUUUCUCGCACUAUGCUCAAUGAUUUAUAUAUUAAAUGUCAUUUAAAACCGGA